CCCAUUCUAACCACGCAUGCGCGGCUCCGGGAUCGCGCAGCAUGGAGAUUGGCAGUGCGCUGUUUCCCUCGGACACAGCGGAUCACCAAUCAACGGAAAGAGCCAAAGAUUUCGGCUUGGUCAUGUGAUCAGCUGUCCAAUCACAACUGAUCUCACUGAUCAUCAGGGCACUGAUGAUCAGUGUGCCCUGAUGAUCAGUGUAGCCCCAGCAGUGCCACCUGUCAGUGUCCAUCAAUGCCAGCUGUCAGUGCUCAUCAAGGCCACCUGCCAGUGCCCAUCAGUGCAACAUCAAUGCUGCAUAUCUGUGCCUACCAGUACACAUCAAUGCCACAUAUCAGUGCUCAUCUGAGUUGCCUUUCAGUGUCACCUAUUAGUGCCAGUCAGUGCUGCCUAUCAAUGCCAGUCAGUGCCACAUAUCAGUGCCAGUCAGUGCCACCGAUCAGUGCGCUUCAGUGCCACCGAUCAGUGCCCGUCAGUGCUGCCUAUCAGUGCCACCUAACAGUGCCAGUCAGUGCCACCUAACAGUGCCAGUCAGUGCCGCCUAUCAGUAUCAGUCAGUACCGCCUAUCAGUGUCACCUAUCAGUGCAGCCUAUCAGUGCCAUAUAUGAAUGCUGCCUUUCAGUGCCCAUCAGUGAUG